AUGUUGACAAGUCGAUCCCUUAGAGACCUCAUGGUCAGGGUCUUUUGCGAAGAACAUCUCACCAGUCUUGGCCUUGCAUUUAUCAUUUUGCCAGUUAUAUACGUCUUUUAUAAUGAGUUCUUGCGCUUCUCUGCCAGAGUGCCAGGCAUAGGCGGCCCCAAGGGCCUCCCCAUCGUUGGCAACCUUUGGGCCAUACGCAAAAACGCCGCAGAACAGUAUCGGCUCUGGGCUGAGAAGCAUGGCCCUGUCUACCAGGUUUCGCUGGGAAACAUCCCCAUAAUCGUUGUCAAUUCGGCCGAGGCCGCCAAGGGCAUCUUCGGUCUGAAUGCCCAGGCUCUGAGCUCACGGCCUGAGUUUUACACCUUUCAUAAACGCCUCACCGGCCUCGCCACGACCAUAGGAACGGCUUCGUACAGUGAUAGCUUGAAGAAGAGAAGAAAGGUGGCUGCUGCCACGCUUAAUCGCCCGGGUACGGCCAAAUACGUGUGGCUCCUCGACAUUGAGAUAAAGCAGGUCAUGGCCGAUCUCCUUGAAGAUGGAAAGGCUGGGGCCAUUGCGAUUGAUCCUAUGACCAUCAUCCAACGACUAAGCCUUUCUGUCACGACGUGCAUCAACUGGGGGGUGAGAAUCCCGACCCGAAAUGCAUUCUUCGACGAGAUCAUCCACAUAGAGGAGAGAAUCAGCAGCUUCCGUAGCACGACCGGCAACCUGCAGGACUACGUACCUUUGCUCCGCUGGAACCCCUUUGAUGGAUCUGCCGCCAGGACUCGCGACACUCGUCGUCGGCAGGACCUGUAUCUUAACCACCUCAACCGGGAGCUGGCGGACAGAAUGGAAAAGGGUACACAAAUGUCAUGUAUCCAAAAGAGCAUCAUCACCGACGAGGGCAAGCAUCUGAACCAGGAAGAGAAGAGCUCAGUCGACUUGACCAUGAUCUCUGGCGGGUUGGACACCUUCCCCACGACCGUAGUCUGGUUGAUUGCACUCCUGGCCAAGCGUCCCGAUAUUCAAGAGCGCGCCUUCAGCGAGAUUCGCAACAUGUAUCCGGAGGAUCAGCCACUCUGCCACCCUGAGGAUGACCAAAAGUGCGUAUAUGUUGCAGCUUUGAUACGGGAGACUCUUAGGAUGUACUCGGUGCUGCGUCUCAACCUGCCGCGGGUCUCCAUCCGGGACAUCACUUACGACGGCGUGACAUACCCGAAAGGGACUACAUUCUUCAUCAAUUCAUAUGCAUGUAAUAUGGACGAGAAAAUCUGGCCAGACGCGCACAUCUUCCGGCCUGAGCGCUGGAUUGAGCAACCCGAUGCGCCCAUGUUCACUUAUGGCAUCGGCUACCGUAUGUGUGCGGGCUUCAUGCUGGCCAAUCGUGAGCUUUACCUUUUGUUCAUGAGAAUAAUCAGCUGCUUCAAGAUUCAAGUUGAUGAAGACAUCGACAUUCAUCCUGUAACGGGGACGGCAAAUCCCAAGAAACUAGUAUCGCAGCCACACAGGUACCGAGCCAAGUUCGUGCCCCGGGAUGCAAAUGUUCUUCGAUAUGCGCUGGACAACUUUGUUCCCACGGAGCCAGAUGCGAAUUUCUGA